AUGGUGCUUUCGGAAAAUGGAGAAGUUCUUCGUGUUGCCUUUGCAGAAGAUAUUCCUCGUGUUUUUACCUAUGUGGAUUAUGGGAACAAAACAUACUUUUGUGGUGCUUACAUACAAACAAUUCUGAAUUUUGCUUAUUACCGGAAUUACGAUAUACAAUUGGACUACAAUGAUAUUUAUAACACUUCAAGAAUAUAUCCGCUUAUUACAAAUGGUUUCUACAAUGCGUCUCUACCAGGUAGUGUGUAUACGGAACAAGUUAAAGGUAUGCAGUUCAGUUAUCCGCAGGAAUUUGUUAAGAAAUGCGUAAUGAUACCAUUAGAGGAUGAAAUACCGAAGUAUUACUAUAUAGUUUGGCCAUUCGAUUGUUAUAUCUGGAUUGUAUGGUGCUUAAGUAUUUUGGCAUUCUCAGUAUUGUUCCGAUACAUGAGUUCCAAUCCAUUGAAAAGGUACACACUAUCCAUAGCUAAUAAAUUGCCAGAUAGCAUUGCUGUUUUAUUGCAUUCACCUAAUAUGCGCCUACCAUCCAAGUAUGAGUCUAUGAGAGCUACAAUAUUGUAUCUAUUGCUCAUAUUGUUUGGUUUUGUUUUACAUAAUUUUUAUGAUGCAUAUCUACAUACGUACAAUUUGAAACCAGUUUUCCAGAAACGCAUUGAUAACAUCGAUGAUCUAUUACAUGGGAAUAUAAAAAUUUUGUUACCACCAGACACUUUAGAAGACAUACAAGGUAACGAAAUGUAUGAGAAAUUAAAGUCGAUACUUUUGGUUGUAUAUCGGCCAGAGUUUUAUGCGAAGAUCAAUAGUUUGAAUAGAUCAUUUGGUUAUUUAGUCGGUGGAGAUAGAUGGAGUUAUGUGCAAAUGCAACAGAAUGCAUUAAAAAAGCCUUACUUUUAUUACUCUGAUAUCUGUUUGGACACGGCAUUUAAGGCAUUUCCAGUUCAACAAAAUGCAAGAUUCCUUGAGUCUUUCGAUUUAUUUAUAAUGCUUAUAAAUCAAUCGGGUUUAUGGAUGAAAUGGCAUAGACACGCUAUUUUGAUAGCUUUACGUAAAAAAUAUGCAGCAGUACUUUUGGACUCAUAUCCUGUAAAUCCAUUAGAAUUGAAUUAUUUUAAUAUAGCCUGGAUGAUCUGGUGUGUUGGAAUUCUUCUAAGUCUCACUAUAUUUUCAAUAGAGCGUUUGCAAAACUAA